AUGACUAUGAGGGAGGCUGGGCAACGAGUACAACCAAAUUUGAGUCGCUUCACUGCUGCCUCCAUCAUCAGAACCUUCAGGGAGGAAAACAGGACACAGAGACGACCACCUGGUGGAGGCAGGUUAAGGCUUUUGUCGGAGGAGCAAGAGAGGGAACUUGUAAACAUGGUAAUUGCAAAUAAUGUAAUCCGCCUGCAAGAGAUUCAAAGGAGAGUGAUUGAGGAUGAUCAUCUUUUUCGAGGCAUAAAUGCCAUCAGCCUCUCCACAAUUGACCGCAUCCUCCGAAAGAAUCAAUUCCGGAUGAAACAGGCAUACCGAGUCCCUUUCGAACGAAACUCUGACAGAGUGAAAAACCAACGUGUGGAAUAUGUUCAGAGAAUCUUUGAGAUUGAAGGACGGCCUGUUCCCCAUGAAAUGAUCUUUGUGGAUGAGGCAGGUUUUAACCUGACCAAAAGAAGGAAAAGGGGGAGGAACAUAAUUGGCCAUCGGGCUAUUGUAAAUGUCCCUGGUCAGCGUGGGGGGAAUGUCACUAUGUGCGCAGCCAUCAGCCAACGAGGGGUACUCCACCGCCAUGCCGUACUAGGACCCUAUAACACUAUGCUUCUCCUUGCUUUUCUUGAUGGUUUAAGACAACAUAUGUUCCAGCUGGACUACAGGGAACCAGCACAGCCAGAGCAGCCUCACUACGUUGUUGUGUGGGAUAACGUCAGCUUCCAUCGCGCUGCUCUGGUUCGUGACUGGUUUACCAAUAACCCAAGGUUUUCUAAUAUCUUUCUGCCUGCAUACUCCCCCUUUCUAAACCCGAUAGAGGAGUUAUUUUCGGCAUGGCGGUGGAAAGUGUAUGACCGAGAACCUUAUGUCCGUGUUCACCUCCUUCAGGCCAUGGAAGAGGCCUGCCUAGACAUAUCAGUAGAUGCAUGCCAGGGGUGGAUCAGGCAUGCAAGAGGAUUUUACCCCCGCUGCCUGGCUGGGGCCAAUAUAGCCUGUGAUGUGGAUGAGAUUCUCUGGCCUGACCCAGACCAAAGACAAGAUGCUGUGGUGGGAUAAUGUUUCUGGUGUGUGUUGUACUGUAUAGUACAUGAAUGACAAUGUGCCACUGUACAUACAUUGGUUGCGUCUUUUGUGUUUAUCAUGUGACAAGGGUUUUGAAGGGGAGAACCAUAAGCAACCUAAUUGUUUUGGAACUAUUGUUUUGAAUUAAUUGUACCAGUGUGCAAAACUCUGUUGUAGUG